AUGGAGGAAGACAGCAGACCCUACAAGUGUGACCUUUACCCCCAAUGUGUUGCUGAAUUCGCAUUAGCACAUGAGAAAGCACGGCAUAUGAGGAGAGGACAGCACAAGAGCAGAGUGGAAGAGGCACCAUCGGAGGGGUUGCGCGAUGACAGCAGCCAAGGAGGAGCUAUAGAAAGGCUACGAGCAGCUGCAAACCGUCUUCGUUCACGAUCCAGCAAGCGCACGCGCUCUGACACGCAACCUGGGCCGAGCCACUUGGAUGUGCAGCCCGACGCCGCAGAACUGAACGAGGACGAGACCGGCUACGCGUUUGCACCAGAGUGUGAUGCAACGUCUGUUGAUAUUGAUGCUCGUGCCUACCGUUUCAUUCGCAAUGUGGCAGGAGGAUCCGGGCUUUCGCGUGCAGAUAUAACGGAGUUGACAUCCAUUCUCGUUGAAAUUGUGGCCAAUCCCGACAGGCUCACACUCAAGUCGCUCGCAGACUUCGACAAGUACGAGGAGGCGCAAUUGGCCGGGGCCAACAUUGAACCGUUUGAGCAGGUCGAGCUUACCAAGGAUGGGGACCUGAAGCCCGUGAUCCUGUGGCGGCGUUCGGCUCUUACGUGCGUCACGAGCUUAUACGAGAACGUGGCGAAUGCUCAGGGUUUCGUUGUGCGACUUCCUAAGAAUUGUAACCCAGCCAAACGAAUCUACAAGGGUCCUAAGACGGGGAGUUGGUGGCGGGAGGUUCUGCGUCUGCUGCCUGCAACUGAUCCGGGGAAGGCCGUCGCUGCGGUGAUCAUCUAUUCGGACGAGACGACUCUCACGGUUGAUGGCGGACUUAAGGGUUGGCCGGUGUACAUCUCACUAGCCAACAUUGCGCCGGGGAAUCGGUGGAAACCCCACGGCCAUCGACUAUGUGCUCUCCUACCCGAUGAUGACGAGAGUUUCUUCACGCAUGCAGACAGCGAACGACGGCGGCUUGAAAGUGCCUUGUGGGGACAACGCUUUGGCGACACGGAUUUCGGCAACCCGUACAGACAACUCACGUCUGACAUCAUGCACAUGUCCCUCCUCGGCGUAUACAAGCACAUACUGGAGGGUCUCAAGUCGAAGCUCACUGAUCGCACAUUGCGUGAGCUCGACGCUGCCCUCGAGCGGAUCACCAAGUACAGCAGGCAGUCAUUCUUUCGGAUUCCUUCACACACUGCUGGCUAUUUCAGCGGCCACAACACCUUCAAGGCCUUCCACCAUCAGGCGGUCAUGCAGGUGCUGCCAGCGCUACUGGUGAUGGCGAAGGUGGACCAGAGGACGAUUCGCGCAGUGGAGCUGUAUUGCACAUGGCACACGGAGGCAUGGCACCGCACGUACCACACCGAUGCUUCCUUGGCGAACCUUGACGAGAUAGCGCGCACGUGA